AUGUUGAAGAAGUUGGAAGCAAUGCGCAGACAAGCUCAGUGCAGGAAGAAUGGCCAAUCGAACACGUCACAUGGCCUGUUUGUUGAGCGGCGUGGUGGUACAGCGGCCAAGGCUGCUGGAAGGAGGCGCUUGGCACCUGCUCCAAGCGACGACGAUUGGUUCAGAUUGGAAGAUACCGAGGGCCUCGUCAACGAUGCACUUCUGGAUUUCUGCCUACCACGACUGGUCGCCAUCAGCCAGUGUGCAGGCCGUGUGCACAUCUACAGUGCCCUUUUCUACACGCAGCUUGCGGCUGGUGGCUGGUCCAAGGUCAAGACGUGGACGCGCGGCCUCAGGCAGGAAACGCCUGCAGGAGUUUUUGCCAAAGAUUUUCUCUUCGUGCCCGCUCAUGAUGCAGUGACGGGGCAUUGGUGGCUUGCCCUCAUUGUACACCCGUGGGCGGCGGGCAAAGCGAAGGCUGGCGUGACGAACUUGCCGACCUUUACGCCCGGGCACCAUGAGACUUUCGUGGCCAUCCUGGACUCAAUCGACCCGGUUCCAAGGCUCUCCGAAUCCACGCGCAUGAAUCCCGAGGAUGCCGAGGUGGCAGCUCAGGCGAUGGUCGUGGCGGGACCCCGCCAUUCUGAGGCGGUCAAGCUGAUCCAGGAGUACUUGAAGAAAGAGUGGGAUGACUGUUUCCAAGGUGCCGCGGACUACGAUGCCGGCAAGAUCCAGGGCAUAUCUAUUGCAGUCCCGCAGCAGACCAAUGAGACGGAUUGUGGCGUGUAUGUCCUGGAGUUCGUUCGCCGCCUGCUGGAACAACCGAGCCUUCUGGAGUACAUCUGCGAAUACAAGGCCUCGCCCCCGCAGCUCUCCGCUCCAGCUUCCAAUCAGCUACGCUCAAAAUGGCGAAGAGUUGGGGCUAGGCUCGAGAACGACGCGCAGGGGCCACGGCGUGCUAUUGCCACGCCUGCCAGGGCACGGGCGCCUGAAGCGGCCGGAGCCGAGGUUGGCUUUGUCGGUGACUCCUGA